AUGCUCCAAGGACAGUUCAAGGUAAGGUUCCUGCCUGAGAUUUGUACUAGUGUGUAUCUAAAUUAUUACUGUAAAAAAUGACAAAUUUGCGUUGGGUGUGUAGUAGAGUAUCUUCACAUCCAUGUUAAGCCCAGGAAGGAAUUUUGUUCAUCUGGAAUAACACCAUUCCGUAGGUCAUGGUGCAUAUAGCAACGAUAAGCUGCGAGACUAUGCUCAUGAUGAUUCCUGUCUUCGCCUAGAACGGAAAUAUGCAAAGUUAUGCAAACAGGUACUAGGUAAACAUAUCAGAUAAGAAUACCAGGAACGUAGUAUAUAUACAUAUAUAUAGUAAAUGGUUGCAGUAGUGUGCAUUCCGAGAUAAUAUGAUGAAGAUAGAAGGCUCUUCGGAAAAAUCGAGUUGUACUCGUGAAUUUUCGAGCUGGUGAAACCAACCCGUCGUCAGACGAAAUCAUAUAUAUAAUAUAUAAUCCACCAUUUUUUUAUUAUUUCCGAUCUUUCAGUUGCUCCUAAGUCUUAAAAUUUACUUCUACGCAUUUUAGCAGCGCAUUUUAGUAGUUCAUGAAAUAAAUGUAGGCCCACCCAUAGGUUCUUGUGACCACAUGAGAUCAAUGUGGGAGUCGACACUCGUAGCUGUCCCCGAACGAAGAUCAAAGUUGUCAAGAAAUGUCUGGCGGGGUGACUUUGAGGCAAUGAAAUCAGAAAUUGGACACAGACUAUGGACGGAAGCAUUACGAGGAGAUGUCAAUGAAUGCUGGACAACCUUCCAACCAACUAUGAGAGACUUGUUUGAACGAUUCUGUCCCCUCAAGAAACAUGCAACCGGAAAUAAACCGAAAUGGCUGACAACAUCGGCUAAGAAGGUAAUCCGAAAAAAAACAAGCUGUGAAAAAUCUUCUUACAAACGGAGAGCCCAAAAAAAAAUUCAGGACUUCAGACAACAACGAACCUUAUGCAAAAUACUCAUUCGAGAAUUACGAGCUUCUUAUGAACUGAAGCUCCUGGAAGACUCGCAGCAAAAACCUAAUGCGUUUUAUGCAUAUAUCAGGAGCAAUACGAAAAACCGGGACCACCUGGCGACCUUAAAGGUCAAAAAUAACCGAAUUGUGAGCGAUGGCUAUCAAAAAGUCGAGCUUCUUUCCGAGUUUUUCCAAAGUGUCUACACCACGGAGCCACUCCUCCAGUCUUGUUCUCUUCCACUGCUCGCUAACCAACCACUUAUAAGCACAAUAUUUUUUAUUCCGCAGUUAGUUUUAGCAGAGCUAAAUAAGCUGGAUCCGGCCAAGUCUCCUGGACCAGAUGAGAUCCCGGGUGUACUCCUACGUCAGCUAUCUGAAGAAUUAGCAGAGCUACUUUCUAUAAUCUUCCGAAAAUUGCUGGAAGCUGGCAAACUACCUGACAUAUGGAAGUCGGCAAACGUCGCACCUAUCCACAAGGGAGGAUCACGGCUAUGUCCCACCAACUAA